CGCCCGGGAGCGGGAGCAGCAGCAGCAGCAGACGGCGCAGACCAGCCAGGCUGCAGCGCGAGUCAGAAAGGCUCCUGGGAAACUCUCACCGGCCGGCCGGGGCCACUUGGGUAGGAGGAGAAAGAGAGCGCGAGCAGCUCCGGGACGCGCAAGUCUGCAAGUGAGUGCUCCGGCUCGGCACCUGUUCCUCCCGCGCCUCCGCCGUCCCCACCCCUCGGACCGACCCGCGCCUCCCCGGCGCCCGCCCCGGCGAUGAACCCCGCGCUGGGCAUGGGCAACCAGACGGACGUGGCCGGCCUGCUCCUGGCCAACAGCUCCGAGGCGCUGGAGCGCGCCGUGCGCUGCUGCACCCAGGCGUCCGUGGUGACCGACGACGGCUUCGCCGAGGGCGGCCCCGACGAGCGCAGCCUGUACAUCAUGCGCGUGGUGCAGAUCGCCGUCAUGUGCGUGCUCUCGCUCACCGUGGUCUUCGGCAUCUUCUUCCUCGGCUGCAACCUCCUCAUCAAGUCCGAGGGCAUGAUCAACUUCCUGGUGAAGGAGCGGAGGCCGUCCAAGGAGGUGGAGGCGGUGGUCGUGGGGCCCUACUGAUCGGCCGCCCGCCCGCCCGGCCGCCCGCCCCGCGCCUCCCCGCCUCGCCGGCCCGGCCGCGCCCCCUGAACGACCGUCCCGAGCCUGGGGCGAAGCAAACCUGUCGGAGUCCAUUCUUUCUCUCGACUUCUGAUUUCUGCCUUUCGGGGAUGAAGCGACCUGUUUCCUCGCUCGAUCUUGGGAAAAGUCCCCGCUCCUGGCUGUCGGAGGAGAGCGCCCGGACUCUAUAGACUGAGCAGCGAGUGGCGAGAAGAGAAGGAGAGGAGGGCGCACACACUUGGGGAGCUGCCGCGAGCUCGGGAUGCAGGGGAAACCGACGGGGCAAAAAGGCUCUUCUCCGCCCGCAGGUGGGCCAGGCUCCGGGGGCAGGUGGAGAGGGCGGGCAGGGGAGAGAUCCCGCAGCACCCACCGCCCGCCCGAUGGCCUGCGAAGGGACCCGUGCAAGGCUCCAGGAACAAAACUCAUGAGGACACAAAUCCGUGUCCGGAUUCUCUGCCUUUCCUCCCAGCCCAGACGGGAGAGGCGAUACAUACUUUUGCUUGAUUGCAACGUGCCGUUUUAAGUUUUUGUUUGUGUGUGUGUGUGUGUUUGCUUGAAUGUAAAUAUUUUAUAACUCGUUUUUUUUCUGCCCUAGUGACCUGUUUGCCUGUCCUGGAGUUAAGGGUUUUGUCGUCGUGGGGAAAGGGUGGGGGAGGGGAGCUUGCGAAUGUGAACGGGGUGAGUUGUUUCUUUUAUUUCAUCCACAACUGGGUCUUUGAAGUGGGCUCCAGCUGGCCCCCCGCAAAGACCCGAAGUAGAACUCUGUAUGUAGCUCGUGACUGCACGAUUUAUGCCACAAAAGUGCUCUUGACAUUCGUGACACCGUUUUGACUCUCCGCCCCCCUCCUCCCGUGUUUAACAUUUCCUUAAUAAAUGCAAUAUUUAAGUG